AUGGAUGACAUUCCCGCUGAAAUCAUCCAGGAAAUGGAUGAUUUGUACGAUAAGGUACCACAGUUGUCAUCCAGAUACAAGCUACUGGAUAAGAUCGGAGAGGGGACCUUUUCAUCGGUAUAUAAAGCUCAAGAUCUUAGCAACGUAUCUGGAAGGUUAUACCCUGAUCAUUUCUGGGAUAAGAAUAGUAAACAUGUGGCUAUCAAGAGGAUAUACGUGACAAGCUCGCCGAACAGAAUUGAAAAUGAACUUAAACUCUUAGAGUUACUGUCAAAUUCGAAUAACGUAGCACCAUUAUGCGACGCGAUUCGAUACCAGGAUCAGGUGGUUGUCGUCUUGCCCUGGUAUCCGCAUGAAGAAUUCCGGCAUUUCUACCGAGACAUGCCUAUCAAGGGGAUAAAGAAGUACAUGUUUGAACUUUUAAGCGCCUUGAAAUACGUGCACUCAUUUGGAAUCAUUCACAGAGACGUGAAGCCAACCAAUUUCCUAUACAACCCAAUACUUGGGAGAGGUGUGUUAGUAGACUUUGGUUUGGCUGAAGAGAAUGAAGAGUUGUACUUGCCUGACCUCAACUAUCGUGUGUAUGUUAAUGACCAGGGAGAGAAGGUUUGUAAUUGUUCUUCACCGUAUGCUAACAACAAAAAGACAUCACAUCUGCCGUUGAUAUCCAUUCAGAACGGGCAGCUUAACGUUAGAGGGGCAAAUGAAUUAAGUGCUGCACAAAGUGAGAAUCUCAUGAAGGCAGAAUUGAGUAAGGGGUACCCAAAACAUGAAACUAGGAGGCAGCGUAGAGCUAAUAGAGCUGGUACGAGAGGGUUCAGAGCGCCAGAAGUGCUUAUGAAAUGUUCUUUCCAAACUCAAAAAAUUGACAUUUGGUCAGUUGGUGUGAUACUGUUAAGUUUCAUCAGCAGAAGGUUCCCAAUCUUUCAAAGCAUGGAUGAUAUUGACGCCUUUCUGGAGAUAUGUUGCAUUUUUGGAAUCAAGCCCAUGCAAGAAGUCGCCAAGUUCCAUGGGUUGGGACUAGACAUGACAAAGGUUCCAGGUUUCCAUUCGGAAGGAUAUCCUGGGGGGCUACAAGGUUUUGUGAGAGCUUUACUUGACAAAGAAGUGGAGGAAGGAACAUUACCAGAGUAUUCCAUAGCGUUCGAGACGUUGGAUUAUUUGACACAAUUUGACAAACAACUCACGCCAAGUUUAGGCCCAGACGAUGAAGAGGAUAUUGAUGAUAAAAUACGGAGCUACAAACAAGCAGUUUGGGACGAUCAUUUUUGGUGUUUUGAUCUCUUGGCAAAAUGUUUCGAACUCAAUUCAUACAAAAGACCCAGCGCCAGUGAUCUUCUUGAACAUUUAUGGUUCAAAGAACUGAACGAAGAUUUACUUGAUAGAGAUCAAAGAAGAGAAGAUCACUUCACCGGGGUCGUUGAGUAA